UCUACUAAGAGCGUCAGAUACUCAGCACGCAAUCAUCAUCAUCGUGGUUCUCACUACAUUACCACCCGAAGACCACGCUUGAUCUUAUAGUAUCAUCAUGGACGGCCUCAACAAGAACGAACAGAUUGAGCUAGCCACCCGUAUGGAGAAGAAGCAAAUGAAGGAGUUCAUGAACAUGUACUCCAACAUGGUACAGCGUUGCUUCGACGAUUGUGUGAACGACUUCACUAGCAAAAGCCUAGGAUCGAGAGAAGAGAGUUGCGUCAUGCGCUGUGUAGACAAGCAAUUGAAGAGCCAAGAGAGACUCGGUGCCCGGUUCCAGGAGCAGAAUGCGAUCAUGGCACAGUCAGGAAGCCUUCCCGGGCGUUAGGAACAUUAGAGGUCCUUCGUGUCACCAAAAAUCAAAUCCCUCCAUAUCAUGACCAUGUCCUUUGAACCAUCUGUAUUAUAUGAAGCGUCCGCUCUAUUUGUACCGGCCUUUAGAGAACGGACGCAUCCAUAACCCCAACACCAAUACGUGCAGAAUCCACCAUAGCACAUCAUGUACAUAUUAAUUCAUAACAAACAUGCUUUAAAUGAACACACGAUGUAACAUGAAAGUAU